UGAGUUCUCCGCAAUAUGUUUCGCCUGCACAUCGGUUUUUUGUGCCUCGUCGUUGCAUCCUGCAUCCUUUUCGGAGUGUCCCACUCCACCAGCGACUCCAUUUGUGUCCUGAGCGAUGCGCCUCAGCAAUGUGGCGCCUUCUGCCUGGCAGCAUUGCAUCCACUGUACGAUCAGUACUCCAAGUCCAGGCAACAGGAGCACAGCCAAGAAGCAGUAGUGAAGAUGAUAGAGGAUUUUCGGACUGAGCAAAAGGAGCUUUUGAAUCACUACUAUCUGGAUGUUCGGGAGCUGUUGAAUGAACUUGCGGCGAAUCUAACUUCCACUGCAAGCAGAGAUGAGUCCACCUUGCAGAGCAUGCCAGUGACAGUGCCGCCUGGGUUCCAGAAGAUUGGAUCCAAAUACUUUUUAAUAGAAGAUAAUGAGUGGAAAACCUGGACUGGUGCCGAGGAAACCUGUCGGGAAAAGGGCGGUCGCCUAGCAGCCUUCCGAAACGAAGACGAGUUUGAAGCCGUCGCAAGACGCGUCCAUAAUAGAACCAUAUUCUGGCUGGGUUACCGUCGAAAUAGUAAGGGCAAUUUCGUGACGGCCGCCGGAAAGGAAGUAUCGUUUAUGAAGUGGCAUUCAGGAGAACUCAACAACGGAGGUGGCAAUCAGAACUGCUUUGUCCUGUACAAGAUAAGCAUUUAUGAUUGGAAUUGCGAUUAUACCCUUCCCUUCAUUUGCCAGUUGGACAAGGUUUAAUAAAGAUAAAGAUAAUACGUAUAUAUCGAUUGGAUUGGAUUGAUUAACACAGAAUUAACCAAAUGCAUGCCAUAUAAAGCAA